UCUCCUCCCCUUCUCUCCUCCUAUCUCUCUGUCUCGUGAAUCCCUGUCCGUCCUUGCGGUUGCCUUCAAACCUCGCGAGAGGUGAAUCCCCUCCCCCUCUCCUCUCCCCCUUCCUCAAUGUCGAAGAGGCGGCUAUUUCGCUGGCCUGCCCGCCGCACCGCCGCCCUCGGAAUUUUGGCGCUGCUGGUCACCUCCGUUCUCUCAUGGCUCAUCUGCGGCGGUGAUUCCUACGACCCCCAACCAGAAGAAUACUUCAACCCGAUCCACGAGCAAUUAUCGGACAUCACAAAGACGUACGACAAUGCGACUAGCGAGAUUGGUCUAGUAUUGGCCGCGACGCGGGCGGAGGAUCUGACUUGGCUGUUGGAUUACUGCAACGACCACGGAACAAUCCCAUUCAUCUACAGCACCGACGUCGAACCCGCCCCGAAUCUCCUAGUUCCUUACACCAUCCGCGGUCGCGAGGCUACCGCCUACCUCUCCUUCAUCGUCGAGUUCUACAACCAAUUACCGAAAUACACGAUCUUCAUUCACUCUAACUACGAUCAAUGGCACAAUGACCUUUUCGGCCCCCACACCGGGCCGGCACUGCGAAACCUCCGCUUGGAGGCUGUCGACGCGCAAGGUUAUGUUAAUCUGCGCUGCGAGCACGACCCCGGCUGCCCGACGAGCGUCCACCCGUGGAGCCCCACGCAAAUCGAUAUCGAGAACGAUGACAUUCGCGCAUUUUUUCCUCAGGUUUACCAGACGCUGCUUAAUGUCCCUGCGAAGAAGGUUCCGGAACACAUUGGCAAUGUUUGCUGUGGCCAAUUCGCUGUCAGCCGCCAGCGGAUCCUUGAAAGACCCCGGUCGGACUACGAGCGCAUGUUGCGGUGGGCCGACGAGACGGAAUUGACGGACAGCUUUGGCGUGGGAUGGGUAUAUGAGAAGAUUUGGCAUAUCAUCUUCGGCAUGGAUGAGAUAUAUUGUCCGCGAUACGAACAAUGCCGGUGCGACGCGUACGGAUGGUGUGGGCCGUUGGCCUCGGGCGAGACACUGCAGGCAGUGCGAGCGAAUCCGGGUUCCACAAUGGGGCCGUCGUUCUAAUCAUAAUGGAUGAAUCUGGUUCUAAGCGUUUAAUGCAUGAUGUAUACUAUCAUGAUUGGGUACAUUUUGGGCACCCCAAGUCGGUCUGGCUACGAUCUCUCAAUUGCAAUCUAAUUGUACAGUUAGAU